AUGUCCGGUAUCGUGGUUGAUCCGACGCGGACGUUAUUGGUAGUGGUCGACAUGCAGAAUUACUUCAUCCACCCUGCUUGUUAUCCACACGUGGGCGGCCUUGCUGCCGUUCAGCCUAUUCUCAAUGUCAUAGGCAGAUGCCGGCAGUUGGGCAUCCAGAUCGGCUAUUUGAAUUGGGUCAUUGAGGAAAAGGAUUUGGAGGAAAUGCCACCGGCCGUGCAGCGCGGGUGGAGCGCCGACAGACUUAAGACUCAUGGAAUCGGCUGGCAUGUCAAUCUCGGCUCAGAACUGCCUGACGGGCAAGGGCGAUGCCUGUGGAAAGGUAGUUGGAAUGCCGAGCUCUACGAGCCCAUCAGGGCGGCUGCACGCCCAGAGGAUGUUACUUUUCUGAAGAACCGCCCAAGCGGGAUGUGGAGCCCUGACUGCGAUAUGGCGCGGUACAUUGCCAACCAUAACAAGAAGACGAUAUUCUUCGCUGGUGUCAAUACUGAUCAGUGCGUUUUGGGGACACUGACAGACUGCUACAGCAAGAGUUACGACUGUUUGAUGGUGAAGGACUGCGUCGCAACAGCCACGACGGGACUGAUGGCGCAAGAGCUUGUCGAGUGGAAUGUUGCCAGGAAUUACGGAUUUGUGGUGGAUAGUGACAGCGUUCUAGCGAGCCAGAUGCUGCAAGCUUGA